CCAUAACCCAGGUCCAUGGGGCCACGUCAGUGUCUUGCCUGCCUGCCUGCCAGCGCCCAGCGGCGCCGAUCAACCUGCCCCACCGGCCGUUUGCCCAUCCCCGUCGCGGCCAACCGCGCCCGCGCCGAUCCCAGCCCUGUUCCGCCCCGUCCCCGUCCGUUCCUUAUUAAACCGACGGUUGCCGCGCGCCCACUCCACCUCGAAACGCCCGAACAAGGGACGAGGCACGUCCGCGCCGCGCCCGGCUCCCACUCACCAGCACUCACUCACUCUCACUCCAGAGGCUCCACCCACUGCCCCAACCAACGCAAAAGUACCCCCAUGGCCGUCGCCGUCGCCGUCCUCGCAGCAUGUACCCUCACGCUGCUGGCCCAGGCGCCGCCGGCGCACGCGGCGGCGGGCGGCGGGCGGUGCGCGGGGGAGUCGUUCUCGGCGAACCGCGCGUACGCGGCGUGCAACGACCUGCCCCGCCUGGGCGCGUCCGUGCACUGGACCUACGACCGCGCGACGGGGGACCUCUCCGUCGCCUUCGUCGCGGCGCCCGCCGCGCCCGGCGGGUGGGUGGCGUGGGCGAUCAACCCGACGGGCGACGGCAUGGCGGGCGCGCAGGCGCUCGUCGCGGGGCCCUUCUCCUCCUCCGGCGGCGGCGGCAGCGCUGGCGCGUCGUGGGCCGUCCGGACGUACAACGUGACCGGGUACGCGCUCGGCGAGCCAGGCCCCAUCGCGUUCCCGGCGUCGGACCUCGCCGCCGAGAUCGGCGCCGACGGCCGCGUCAGGGUCUUCGGGAGGCUCGGCCUCGGCGCCGCCGGCUACGGCGGGGGCGUGCUGAACCAGGUGUGGCAGGUCGGCGCCGCCGUCUCCAGCGGCGGUGUCCCCGCGCCGCACGCCAUGGGCGCAGACAACCUCGCCGCUAAGGCCAAGCUCGACGUGCUCAGGGCCACCACCACCGCCGCCGCCGGAGUCGACAGCGCCACCAGGAAGCGCAAUAUCCAUGGAGUCCUGAACGCCGUGAGCUGGGGCGUGCUGCUGCCCAUGGGCGCCAUCUUCGCCAGGUACCUCAAGACGUUCCAGGCGGCAGACCCGGCGUGGUUCUACCUCCACGUCACGUGCCAGCUGAUGGGCUACGCCGUCGGCGUCUCCGGCUGGGCCACCGGCAUCCAACUCGGCAAGGAGUCCAAGGGCGUCACCUACACCGAUCACCGCAACAUCGGCAUCGCAGUCUUUGCUCUCGGCACCCUUCAAGUUCUGGCGCUGUUCCUGCGGCCGAAGAAGGAGCACAAGUACCGGGUGUACUGGAACAUGUACCACCACUCGGUGGGGUACACCGUCAUCGUGCUGGGCAUCGUCAACAUCUUCAAGGGCAUGAACAUCCUGGGCGUGGAGCAGCGGUGGCGGACAGCCUACAUCGCCGCCGUCUGCGUGCUGCUCAUCGCCGCCGCCGCGCUGGAGGCCGUCACGUGGGGCGUCGUCCUCAGGCGCCGCAAGGCCGAGAGCAAGACCUUCAACAGCGCAUCCAACGGCCACCUGCCACAUUCCGUGUGACUGUGUGAGCGUGCAAUGUGCAUGAGAAGAAAAAAAAAAGUUUUGUUUUCUGGGGUCCCUCUAGCUCUGGCUCUGGCUCGCAUGUAUGUAUGUAUUUAUCGGCAUACUAUCGCUAGUGGCGUAUGUGACUACGGGCAGACGAUAGUAGGUUUAGAGUUUUCUGGGGUUUUGCAUUGGCCUGCCGGCUGUUGUAUGUCCGUUUUGGACGGUUUUCUGUAACUCUGCAUACGUCGCGCUGGAGUCUGAGCUGUAGCGAUCAUGUAGUACUGUAUGUUGGCAUUUUGUUUAUGUAUGUAUUCCUUUUUAGUGCUGAGUU